ACACGACAGGGCGCUGCAGACGUCAUCCUCGCGUCCGCUCGCAUCUUGUGGGAAGACCUUGCCUUAUCACAACCUCUUCAGCGCCGUUGCAACAUCAAGGGGCCGCGGCCGCCAGAGAAGGGCCGCUGCUCAACCUCUCCGCCGGAACACUCAUCGCCGAUAAAAGGAGGAAACUCACUCGCCUCUGACAUCUUUCAGGUUGCGUUCGAGCAUGUGGCUGCAGCGGUGGUUGACGCUGUGCGCCCUGACAUCCGCGACGUUGGCUCGCGCAGAGACGACGGUCACCGAGGACGACCUGCUGGUGUCCACAAUGACUGCCGUCGGGCCAUGCCAGCUGGUGGAACCCACACGGGUGGCGUGCGAGGGGCUGCUGGCCUUGGACGAGGUCGCGGCCAGCAUCCCGGAAGAAGCCUGGCCGGAAGUUACGACGCUCGCCAUAGAAAACGGGAGGUUCCUGACCCUGACCUUGGAUGAUUUGCUGGAUCUGCCUUCUUUACACACGCUGGUCUUCAAUCAUAGCCAAGUGUCGCGAUGGGCGGUGCCCACGAGGAAGGGCGUCCCCGCCAUCAGCCACCUCGUCCUCCGCGAGUGCUGGGACGCCGAGGACCAGACGCUCUCGCUCACUAGGAAGAUGAUGCUGGGUCUGAAGGGCCUCGAGGAGAUCCAUAUCCUCGACUGUCUCCUCCUCAACCUCGAGUUCAGUGUCCUCGAGGCCGAGAAACCGCUACAGCUACUGCGCAUCGAGGGCGGCAGCCUCGUGUGUAAGAACGGCAACCUGUGGAUGCUGUUCUGGCUGGAGUCGGGGCAGAUCAGCGUGAGCGAAGACACCACCUGCUUCCGCCACACCACCAGCCUCGUGGUCUACUUCAGCUUCAACGGACACCCGUUCCUGCACAUCAUGGGCUACCUCAAGGAGGCGGUGCGUGACUGCCCGAGGUUGUGCUCCUGCGAGGUCCGCGGCAUGAAAACGACGGGGAAGCCGCUGCAGUACGCGGCGUGCGAGGGGCGCGGCGUCACGAGCCUCCCGCUCACCCUCCCUAGGUUCACGUCGCAGCUCUACCUGACGAACAACAAUAUAACAGAUAUCAAUACGCUUUUCACCAAUGAGAACUACAGAAACUUGGACCACGUUAAUCUGAAGAACAAUCAGAUUUCGUAUAUCGAUGGAGAUUUGUUCUACAACUUUGUCAAGAACCGUUCUCAUAACAUGCACAUCAACUUGUCAAACAACCGCUUGAGAACGGUCCCCAUCUGGGCGCUGAGAAAGGUGCACGAGGACGGCAAGGACUCCAACCUCACCAUCUACAACCUCGUCGAGCUGCGGGGCAACCCCUGGGACUGCCGGAACUGCUCCUUCGUUGAGGAAUUCAGGAGCGACGCUAGGGGAGGCUCUGCUCAGAUGGCACCUUUGCCUGGGACUCUCCAGUUUGUACAGGAACGUCCAUUUGAAAAAAAAUAUAUGAUGUCCCGACAGUUCCGCCAGCCUCUCCCGCUGCCGCAGGCAUCCGAGACAUGCGGCGGCGACGGGAACCUCGUCCCAAGGGCCGAGCUGGAAGCGCCGCCUGCACCGCCCUUCGGCCAGACAGCCUCCGCCCACAGGCCAUGA